UUAAAGCUGUCAAAAUAAUUAUUAAAAUGAAAUUAAUAGCAGUAAGACUGCUGGGUUAAAUAGGUUAUCUAUUCAUUGAGGGAUUUAAAGUAAAACAGUCAACAAAAAUGGAAAAGUCGAAAAAGCGCUAUGUAUCAUCAUCAGAUUCAGACAGUGCUGAAGAAAGUCGACGAAAAGACCUAAAAGAACGUGAUGAGUUUGCCAAAAGAUUAAAAAAGCGUGAUGAAGAGAGGGUAAAGAAAGUAUCGGAUAGUUCAAAUAAAAGGUCUUACGAAGAAGCGGCCAAACGCUUAAAGUUGGAGGCCGAAGAUAGAGAUAAACUUCUGCCAAAAUUACGUAUACAAUCUCGACGCAAGUAUUUAGAAAAACGCAAAGAAGACAAAGUUAUUGAAUUAGAAGCUGAUAUUGCGGAUGACGAGUACUUAUUUGAGGAAAGCACAUUAACAGAAAGAGAAAAGCGAGAAAGGGAACACAAAAAGACAAUCUUACAAUUGGCUAAAGAACAUGAAAAAGCUAGAGAACUUGAAAAUGUUCAGCGCUAUCACAUGCCGCAAGAUUUGGGAAAGGGAGAAAAAGGAGAGUAUAUUGAAGUAGAUGAAAAUGAAAAAUUACCUCACUCAGAACAAAGGAAAUGGGAACAAGAACAAAUAAAGUCUGCAUUUUUUAAAUUUGGUGCCAAAGAUGCCAAAGCUCAAGAUGAAUAUGAUUUAUUAUUAGAUGAGCAGAUUGAUUUUAUACAAGCCUUACAAAUGGAAGGUUCAAAAGAAAAGGUGGAAGAAAAAGAAAAAUCUGAAUUCCAAAAAAUGCGAAUGACUAUUGAAGAGACAAAAAAAUCAUUACCAGUUUAUCCAUUCCGAGAUUCUUUAAUAGAGGCCAUAAAAAACUAUCAGAUAUUGAUUGUAGAAGGUGAAACAGGUUCUGGAAAAACAACUCAAAUACCUCAAUAUCUUCAUGAAGCAGACUUUACAAAAGAUGGAAAGAAAAUAGGCUGUACUCAGCCCAGAAGAGUAGCAGCAAUGUCUGUAGCUGCAAGAGUUGCACAAGAAAUGAAUGUCAAACUUGGAAAUGAAGUAGGAUACAGUAUUCGAUUUGAAGAUUGUACUUCUGAUAGAACCGUUAUUAAGUAUAUGACUGAUGGCACACUCCAUAGAGAAUUUUUAUCAGAACCUGAUUUAGCAUCCUAUAGUGUAAUGAUUAUAGAUGAAGCUCAUGAGCGUACACUACAUACAGAUAUUCUAUUUGGUCUUGUGAAAGAUAUAACUAGAUUCAGACCAGAUUUAAAAUUACUUAUUUCUAGUGCUACAUUGGAUGCUGAGAAGUUUUCAAAUUUUUUUGAUGAUGCACCCAUUUUUAGGAUCCCUGGAAGGAGAUUUCCUGUAGAUAUUUACUACACAAAGGCCCCAGAGGCUGAUUAUGUUGAUGCAUGUGUUGUUUCUGUAUUACAGAUUCAUGCAACUCAGCCUUUGGGUGAUAUCCUCGUUUUCUUGACUGGUCAAGAAGAGAUUGAGACAUGUGUAGAAAUGUUACAAGAAAGAACUAAAAGAAUAGGCAAGAAGUUAAAAGAACUUAUCAUAUUGCCAGUGUAUGCUAACCUACCCAGUGAUAUGCAAGCAAAAAUAUUUGAGCCCACUCCAGAGGGUGCCCGCAAGGUAGUUUUGGCCACCAACAUUGCUGAAACAUCACUUACAAUUGACAAUAUCAUUUAUGUAAUUGACCCUGGGUUUGCAAAACAAAAUAACUUUAAUUCUAAAACUGGUAUGGAGAGUUUGAUGGUAGUACCCAUUUCAAAAGCUUCAGCUAAUCAGAGAGCUGGCAGAGCUGGAAGGGUAGCUCCAGGAAAAUGUUUUAGGCUCUAUACAGCUUGGGCUUAUAAAUAUGAACUUGAAGAUAAUACUGUUCCAGAAAUACAAAGAAUAAAUUUAGGCAAUGCUGUUCUUACAUUAAAAGCAUUAGGAAUUAAUGAUCUUAUCCAUUUUGAUUUUCUGGAUCCUCCGCCACAUGAAACACUAGUCUUGGCUUUAGAGCAAUUGUAUGCUUUGGGUGCACUAAAUCACCAUGGAGAAUUGACCAAAGCUGGACGGAGAAUGGCAGAAUUUCCUACAGAUCCAAUGCUAGCAAAAAUGAUUCUAGCUAGUGAAAAAUACAAAUGUUCAGAAGAAAUAGUUACCAUUGCAGCAAUGUUAUCUAUAAACAGUUCAGUAUUUUACAGACCAAAAGAUAAAAUUAUCCAUGCUGACACUGCCAGAAAAAACUUUUUCCAUCUUCAUGGGGAUCACUUAACACUCAUGAAUGUGUACAAUCAAUGGGUUGAAUCUGAUUACUCAGUGCAAUGGUGUUAUGAAAAUUUCAUACAAUAUAGGUCCAUGAAAAGGGCACGUGAUGUCCGUGAACAAUUAGCUGGCCUAAUGGAAAGAGUAGAAAUAGAUAUGGUAUCUAGCAUAGCAGAAGACUCUAAUAUUCGGAAAGCUAUUACAGCUGGCUACUUUUAUCAUAUUGCCAGGUUUUCUAAAGGUGGCCACUAUAAAACUGUGAAACACAACCAAACUGUUAUGAUUCACCCAAAUAGUGCCUUGUUUGAAGAACUUCCUCGAUGGGUUAUUUAUCAUGAACUUGUGUUCACUUCAAAAGAAUUUAUGAGACAAGUGACAGAAAUAGAAAGUAAAUGGUUAUUAGACGUUGCCCCACAUUACUAUAAAUCUAAAGAAUUGGAGGACCCUACUAACAAGAAAAUGCCAAAAACCAUUGGAAAAUCAGCAAAUGCUUAAGUAUAGAAUAAUUUAUUAACUAAUUUCAUUCAAAACAACAAUAAAAUAUAUAAUAUUAAAAAAACCUACUUGUCUUUUAUAUAAUAAAUCCAUACAUAAUCUUAGAAAUCUGAAACUCUUCCUUUUCUCUCCCAAUCACCAUAUCUAGUUGGUUCUGGUCCUCUGGGCCCCCCAACUUCUCCAGUAUGGGGAUUGGUGUCAUUUGGCCAUGGUGGCAAAGGGUCAUCUCUUUGUGCUGGAUGAAUGACAGGCUGUUCACCAAGAUCCUCAAUUGGAGUAGUUUCCCUCAACUUUUUUCGGAAUUCUGACAUUCUUUUAGAUUCUCCUUUGUUUGAUGAAUCAGUGUCAUUUUCUCCUGCUUUGGGGCUAGAUGUUUUCAAAAG